CAAUCAGAAAAUCGGAUGGGAGAUGGCGGUACAUCCAUUCUUACCUAAUUAGGUAUUUCGUAAGACCGGUCUAACAUCGCGGCAUUCUUACGCCGCAAGCCAUUUCAUGCAGUCCAAAACAUUACCUAUUUCGUCUCGAAACACUGGGUCCGACUAUUCAUGCGAUUCAAAAACAUUGCCUAUUCUGUCCGUACGCUAUACGCCGAGUUAGGCAAGAUCAUUAGGUCAUCGUAGAUGACUACCAAUCCUCAUCGAUGUCGUCGACGGUAGCGAGUGCGAAUGAUGGUACGAUCUAGGGGCUAGAUGCCGUGCGGUAUCGAGCCCGCUUGAAUCUGCUCGAGUAUUAAUAUCAGUCAUUCUCGGACUCAUCAUCAGGAAGUUUAUCUCAACAUCAUCAUCAUCUCAUCUCACAACACUCAACCAACUCCAGAACAAACCAUCAGAACUCAAUCUCCAAUUCUAAAUCCCCCACAACCUAUUUCAAGAUGCCUUUCUCCGUCCUCUUCCUCGCCACCCGCAAGGCCGGCACCACCCCCGAGGCCUUCAAGGCGCACUACGAGAACACCCACAUCCCUCUCCUGAAGUCCGCCGCCGGCGCCGCUUUCCCCCAGACCCACACCCGCCACUACAUCCACCGCGCCGAGGGCCAGGCCCACGUUCUUCUCGGAACCCAGGGUGACUUCGACUACGACGUCGUUGUCGAGCUCGCUUUCGCCGACCAGGCCGCUUUCCAGGCCUACGCCGCCGCCACCCACUCCGGCGACGCCCAGGCCAAGAUCUCCGCUGACGAGGAGUCCUUCAUCGACCGCUCCAAGUCGCGCGCUGUUAUCCUCGGCAGCACCGAAGUCACCAAGGCAUAGAUGCCUUUAAGGGACUCACUUGAUCAUUAUUCGCUACGCCCUGAUGGAUCGGUAAACUGACGGAAUUGUCGCUGUUCUUGAGUGGAGUGUUGUUUCGUGGGAUGACUUCUAUUCGAGCGAUGGGGUUAUGUUGACGACCCCGGAUGGGUUGGAGGAUUUCGGAUGAUGCGAUGUUUUUUAGCUGGAGUCAAUAAAAAAAAGUUGACGCAAUUUGACUGCCUUAUUUUGGUGAAUAAUUUAAUGUGAUUUGCUCGGUUUGAU